GGCGAUACCAGUAUUUUCAGCAGAAAGUCUAAUGCGGCACAGAAGAAGCGGAAGGCCCACGCAGCAUCAUCAUCAUCAGCGAAAGGCAGACGGUCAGCGAAAAAGAGAGGAGCAGGUAUUAAUAGGAGGGGGAUGAUGACGCGGUUACCUUUGCAGACGAGGGAACCCAACAUUAAUAACGGCGAUGAGGGAGCAUCAACUGGCCAUGAAGUUAAGGAGACGACAAUUAACUUGAAUGGAAAUACCGAAACCGAAAAUUACGCAGGUCAUCGACCACACAAUUACGAGGACAAAGAGAACACGCCCGGACUGACAGCCAAACCCGACAAUUGCUCCGCUGCCAACGUGAACCAGUUCCCGUCAAGGGUCCAGGGCAGUAGGAGUCCACUAGUAGACACCCAGGCACAGGCAGACGCUGCAAAGGGUACCGGGCAGAGAAAAGAAGGAGCCGGUGAAGGUAACCCGCACAUGGGUUUGAACGAGCAGCCUUCUACCAACAAGAUGACGGUAUCUCAGAAACCCCUACAGCAGACAAAACCUAUGACCAAUCAGAACAUUUGCGUCUCUCAGGCUCACGAUGAGCAGGCUCUUAUGGAAGGACUCAUUCCUGAGCAGAGGCUUGAGUUGCCUAAUGAAUAUAGAAAGCAGCGGGGUGAAUCCGAUCAGCUUCGAGGGAGUGGGAAUUUUCAGGCUCUGUUUGUUUCACAGGAUAGUGAGAUUGGACGGCUUUCUGUGUCGGCGAAAGACUGCACACAUGAUACUCCGGUCGAGGUAACAACAGACGAAAACGGAGACGAUUCCCAGACUGAGCCAGAAGAAUUAACCCCAGUGCGCAGCAGGAAGAGAGCCGCCACACAGAAUAGUAAGGACGAAGCUCCGAAUAAGAAGCCUCAACUGAUCUUUGGUGCUACUUCGGAUCAUCAAAACUUACACUUGUUGGAAGAUGCGGUCCAGCAAGAUGGGACGAGUAGACAAAGCGACAUCGAGAAUGCCUCGAAUGCCUCCAUGGGGGAAAUUUCAGCACUCUCAGCGACAUAUCCAGAGUCUAAAUUGAUGCUGGAGAGAAUGGAGGGGAACCUGAGCGAGCAGAAUACUACGCCGGAGGGGCGAAGCCGCUUAGCUUUGCCAACAUCGAGCCAGAAGAAGAGCAUAGUUGACGAAAAUGGAAGUCCGCGACUUAUGCCUAGACAAAUUGGUAACGAUCAGUAUUUCCAAACCAAAACGAUCCGGCGUUUGAGAUUGGAACAAUGGCGAGAUUCGCUAGAAGAUGUUACCAGCCGAUCUGGUUACCACGGGGAUUCCGAUGAUGAUUCGCUUCCCACGUUCGACAGUGCUAGUACUCAUUUAUCACCUAGAAGGGAUACUGGCAGCUUCAAAGGAGGUCGGCUGAACUUCCGUCUGUCCACGAUACUUGCUGGCGAUGUCAAUGAAGCGCGACCAACAAGCCAUUCCUGUGCCCCCGAUAAUAAUACACGAGGACAAUCGACAUGGAAUCCAGAUCAACUUGUCGAAAGCAUGAUUACACCAUAUUCAGUAUCGGAGUUGCCAGCACAUAGAGCAGAAGGGGUUGACACAAGUCUUUCAUCAGCCACUACUAUUCGAUUACCGCAAGAACCGACGCAGCUGGGUAUACAGGUUGAAGAAGGCCCAGGCAAAGCAAACUGGCAAGCAUCUCUGGAGGCUAUCCAGAAGACUACGCAUGAUUUGCUAUUUCAUACAAGCGAGCGCCUCACGCACCAACUUGAACAUGAAAAGGGCACAAUCGGUCAAGUACUGAACUCUUACCAGCAGAGCUGCCAUCAAGUGAUGGAUCAACUUUUCCAGGUAUAUGAAGAGCGAAUCGAGGUAUAUAGACAGCAGAUGCAGUCGGUCAGGAAACAACACGGCGAUUUGUGUCAAGAUCUCAUCCGGCGAUUUAAAGAAAAUGAUAGACGCAUCCAAGAACGACUUUGCAGCAGUGUAUAACGGGUG